CAACGUUUCCCGUGACGACCAAACACUCAUCCUCAUCAUGCGGCGAUCUCAAAGCGUUCGAAACCAGCACAGACCAGCAGUAAUGGUUGGCUCAGACGACCUUGGUGUUGUCAAGGAGGACGAGCAGAACUUGGAAGAGAUCCUUCGGGCGCAUUUGCUCGAAAAGGACAAGGAAAACGAUAAGCUAAGGACGCAGAUUGCGCAGCUGAAGAGCCAGCUUGCUGAACGACCGUCACUCGAGGCCAUCGACGCACUGAAGAAAGAAUACAUGAAUCUGGAGAUCCUGCUCGAUGGGACGCAGCGAGAGAAUGAGCGGUGCAUGGCGGAGCUAGAGAGUCGAAAGCAGCGCGAAAAAGCUCUCGAGAGUCAACUGGCGAAGCUGGCAGGUCCAAACUGGCAGGACAACCUUGACAUCUCUUCCACGACGACUGUCCCUGCGCGCGGCCACACGCGAUCUGGUUCGAUCUCGAAAUUGCAGCCAGUGCUCGACCCCUCGCCCAGCGAUGCGCAGCCAAGCAAGGCGUUCGUCGAACAGGUGCGGCUGCUUGUGCUCGGCAUGGAGCAACGCUUGCAGAAUCGUGAGGAGAAGCUCAUGAAGAGCAUCGAGAAGGCCGAGGCGGAAGGUGCCAAGUUCGAGGAGUUGAAGCGCCAUGUCGUAGCCCAGUGAUUUUGAGGAACUGUUGACGGUCUGUGGUUGAUCUUUGUUAUACUAUGCAUCGUUGAUACCCGUCUCUUGCAAACCUAGCAAUGUACUAUAUUCAUGCCUCGGUUUCCUGUCUCUUACCUCGACGGACUUCGAUCAAACUCAU